GGGGGUCAGCUGGUCCUCGGGGGCACUUGGAGGACCUGAGGGGGGUCCUGGAGGCUGGCGGGAUAUUGCUACGUCGGCGUGUGACUCCAUACUGGAAGAAAAUGGCUGCUUUUCAGGGUAAACAGGCUGUGCAGGACCUGCACUGCUAAAGGGAGGAGGGGCAGACAUUGGAGGAAAUGUCGCCUCUCCCAACGAAAUCUUUCCCUCUCCAGCUAACCCCCAGCCUGCCGUUGCUCAUCUCUCAACCCCAGCAUGUUGCACACUCGAGCGUCAUCAGUUCCUCUGCAGACCCCAGACCAGCAUGAAGAUGACGUCCGCAAUGAAACACACUAAAGACUGAAUAAAAAUAUAAUAAUAAUAAAGUUAGCAUCCAACCGACAAUGGCGCUGCCUACAGCUAAGACAAGUCCAAGUUUUCCAUCCCCAGCUGCCUUCAGCAGCAGCAGCGUACCUCUGCUGUCCUCCUCCAGCACCAUGGGGGACAAUAUCACGUCCAGGACAGCGUUAAUGACCGUCACCAUCACCACCAAUGAGACUGCUUUCAACACCACCGCCUUCCCAGAGGCGCUGAUGGAAGGCUCGGCAGUGGGCAUGGUGCUCGUCCCCUUUGGCAUCAUCACCGUCAUCGGCCUGGCGCUCGCACUCUUGCUGUACAUUCGGAAAAGGAAGCGUUUGGAGAAGCUGAGGCACCAGCUCAUGCCCAUGUACAGCUUUGACCCGGCCGAGGAACAGGACGACCUGCUGGAACAGGAACUGCUGGACCACGGCCGGGAUGGAACCCUCGCUGGGCCCAAUGCCAAGACACUGCGUAGCACCCAGGGGACCACGCAGAGACCUAGUCGUCUGGUCUUCACUGAUGUAGCCAAAGCCCUCAACGCUUAAUGCUUCCAUUGCUGGUGACGUUUUGUGCACGCCUUCUAUCUGCAGUAGGCUCACUCAGGAAGGCACAUAAAAGGGACACAGGGCGAGGAAACGGUGCAUGUUUCAUAAGCAAGAGUCACUGCUGAUCUGGCAAAACAAAUGCAAAGUCAAGCACUUUUCUUUCACUGUUUUACUGUUGAACGAUUCUUCUAUUCAUGUGAUCUUCCUCAACAUUCUGUGUGUCUUCCUCGCUGUGCGAUGAAGGAGUGGCGAUGCAUGGAACAUUUUGGCGCAAAGCGUGAUGUUUUAUUAUAGAUUAUAGACAAACCACACACACACACACACACACACACACACACACACACACACACACACACACACACACACACACACACACACACACAAACACACACACACACAAAA